CAUCGCCGUUAUCCAUCCAUCGAUCAAGACCUAGCCGUUGUCGUCGAGCCAUGGCGACAACUCCAGCGAUCAUGGUGGCAUUGAUCGUGGCAGCGGCGGCGCAGGUGGCGAGCGCGUACUACCAGCAGCCCUUCAAGACGUCCGACUGGCAGGACGCCCACGCCACCUUCUACGGCGAAGACUCCGGCCUCGGAGCAGACUUCGGCGGCGCGUGCGGGUUCGGCGCCAACGACAUCGUGUCUCUCUACUCGACGUACACGGCGGCGCUGAGCACGCCGCUGUUCGCCGACGGCAACGGGUGCGGGCAGUGCUACGAGAUCCGGUGCGUCAACUCCCGGUGGUGCAACCCCGGCUCGCCGACGGUGACCCUCACCGCCACCAACCUCUGCCCGCCCAACGUGUACCUCCCCAACGACAACGGCGGGUGGUGCAACCCGCCGCGGCAGCACUUCGACAUGGCGCCGCCCUCCUUCUACCGCCUCGCCCAGCGGGUCGCCGGCAUCAUCCCCGUCCAGUUCCGCCGCGUGCCCUGCCAGAGGCGAGGCGGGGUCAGGCUCUGCCUCCAGGGCAACUACUACUGGCUCCUCGUCUACGUCAUGAACGUCGCCGGCGGAGGCGACGUCUCCUCCCUGGCCGUCAAGAGGGCCGGCGAGCCAGACUGCAACUACAAGCACGCAAGCCACAACUGGGGGAUCACGUACCAGGUCUUCGGCACGCUCGGCAACGUGCAGGGGCUCGUCGUCAGGAUGACCAGCUACAGCUCGCCGCAGCAGACCAUCGUCGUCAGCGACGCCAUCCCCGCCGGAUGGAUCACCGGACUCUGCUACCAGGGAUCCAACAACUUCUACUGAUUAAUCAAUUGCCUGACGAGCUGAUGAUGAUCCAGGGGCCGCCCGGCCGAUCGAUCGAUCGAUCAAAGCUGCUACUGCUAGCUGGAGUUCAAUUUUUUUUUUGGAUAUACAUGCACAUGCACCUGCUUCUUCAUUCGUUUUGUUCUCAACUUCAAUUAUUAUUAUGUAUAUUAUUUGUCCCUGCGUUUCUUGGAUCGAUAUUAUGCUCCCUUUAUUUGGGUUCAAUUUCGUAGGAUGGCAGUGCUAAUCGAUCGAUCUUCUCCGGGUU